UCAUUCCCUGGUAACUGUAUAAUAAGCAAAGAAGCGCCCAGUUACUUGGAGUAGAGAUCGAUCAGAUAUACGAUAACAUUCCUCUCUCGGUCUUUCCUACAAAGUUACAGUUCAGACCUUUCGGUUGUUCAUGAUCUCACUGCCAAACUAGAAUUUUUUCUUAAUCUUAAUCAAUUGCAUAGCUAGCUCCAGGAGGUCAAAGCUUCAAAUUUAGUAAGGUACGUACGUAUAUAGAGAUCGAGGAAGGAUGGAAUAUGGUGGGUUGGUGCAGAAUGCAUAUGGUUCAUAUGGGAGCUUCUCAGAUAUUCUUGGCCCAGAAACGGAUUUCAUCGAUGAGCUGUUUGUAGAAGGAUGCUGGCUGGAAACAAGGGUUGGAUCGUACCUGAAUUGUGGCACGGAGGCUAAUUCUUCAAAGUCAAACACGAUGAGGAGCAUGGAGUCGACGCAAAUAAUAUUCCAACAAGAAGAAUCAUUACCAGACCCGGAAAUUAGUUUGAUGGUGGGGAAGAGAUGGUGGAUUGGGCCAAGGGAAAAUCCGGGUCCAUCUUCCUCUGUGAAAGAGAGAUUAGUGAUUGCUGUUGGGUACUUGAAAGAAUACGCCAAGAAUUCCAAUUUGCCGAUUCAGGUGUGGGUGCCCGAACGUAGAUCUGCACGUGCUCAGCCUCAGGAUAAUAUUUACCCAUACGCCGCCGCGCUUCUUAAUGGGGAUGCAGCAGCUUUUCAGAUUCAAGAGGAUUGGGUUCAUGUUAAUGAUCAGUACUGGACUCCCAACGUCCGCUUCUUCAGAAGUCACGAGUACCCGCGCCAUCUCCGUACUCCUGGAUCUCUCGCACUUCCUGUCUUUGAGAGAGGCACUGCUAUGUGUCUCGGUGUUGUCGAGAUUCUCAUGCCCAACAACCCUCCCGACCUUCAGUGUACUGUUGAUUUUACGAGCAGUACUUCUUCUCAUCAUCACAACUUCAUUCCACCAGCCGUGACCGUCAAGGGCUUUGACGAGCUGUACCAAAGUGCAUUAAAUGGGAUAGUACAAGUUUUGACGUGUGUAUGCAAAGCGCAUAACUUGCCUUUAGCUCUGACAUGGGCUCCCUGCAUCCAACAAGCAGGAAAGAGUGGAUGUGGGCAUUCAAACGAUGAGAUGAAUUAUGUGUCGACUGUGUAUGCUGCUAGUUUUGUGGCGGAUGUAGAGCUAUUGGGUUUCCUGGAAGCCUGCUCUGAGUGCCACCUUUUGGGGGGGCAAGGAGUAGUUGGGACAGCUUUCACAACCACCAAACCUUGUUUUGCAAAUGACAUUACUUCCUUCAGCAAGGCGGAGUAUCCUCUGGCACAUCAUGCUAACAUGUUUGGCUUGCAUGCUGCUCUGGGCAUUCCACUCCGGAGUGCCUCCGCUGAUUUUGUUUUAGAAUUUUUCCUGCCAAAGGAUUGCCAUGACACCCAAGACCAGAAGCAGUUGCUCAACUCCUUGUUUAUGCUAGUGCAACAAGCUUGCCGGAGUUUGCAUCUUGUCAUGGAGGAGGAGGAGGAACUAAUCGCGUUGCCGUCCGUCGUUGGCAAAGAAAUGGAAUCAUCAUCCUGGAUUGCACAUAUGAUGGAGGCCCAACAGAAGGGGAAAGGUGUCUCGGUGUCCUUGGAAUACCUCCAAGAGCCAAAACAAGAGUUCAAAGUGACAACCAACUGCAGCAAUACUAAUGAGCAGGUCAGUGUUGGUGUUGAGAGUACUGCAGCUUUUUGUGGCCGCCGGGUUGGCCGGAAAUCAGCUGGCGACAAGAGACGAACCAAGGCAGAGAAGACUAUCAGCUUGCCAGUUCUUCGACAAUACUUUGCAGGAAGCCUGAAAGACGCUGCCAAGAGCAUUGGCGUAUGUCCUACCACUCUAAAAAGGAUAUGCAGACAACAUGGGAUCACAAGGUGGCCUUCAAGGAAAAUUAAGAAGGUAGGCCACUCUUUAAGAAAACUUCAACUUGUGAUUGAUUCCGUCCAGGGUGCCGAAGGUGCCAUUCAAAUUGGCUCCUUCUAUACCAGUUUCCCAGAGUUGAGCUCUGCAGCCAAUGGCGUUUCUGAAUCAUCCAACAUCAAUAAUAAUAAUAAUGAUAAUUCUAAGUUUUUUUCUGAAUAUAACCAAGGUCAAGGAGCUACUACAUUCAAAUCCCCAACAACUUCGCCUUGCAGUCAGACCACUAUUGUGAUGUCAGAGAGCCAACCACUUGGACUUGGUGCAUCAGUCCAGGUGGUCCAAGAGGAAGCAAAACAUUUCGCCCACCAACAUCUUGAGUCUCUACCUCCCUUGCCCCAAUCUAGUACUAGUGUCUGGAACAUGGGUACUUUUAGAGUCAAAGCUACUUUUGGGGAUGAAAAAAUUCGCUUCAGCUUGCAACCAAAUUGGGGAUUCAGAGAUUUGCAGAAGGAGAUUUCAAGACGUUUCAAUCUAAACGAGAUUAGCAACAUUCAGCUCAAGUAUUUGGAUGAUGCUCGAGAGUGGGUUCUUUUAACAUGCGAUGCUGAUCUUGAGGAGUGUAAAGGCAUAAAUACAUCAUCUCAGUCUCAGAGCCGCACAAUUAGACUCUUCCUCUUUCAUGCUUCGCCUCUCAAUCACGCAAAUGCAUUUCCAGGCACCAGCCCCAGCUCCUAGACAGAUAACACCAUUUACUUGUUAGUAAUGUCAACAAUCCCAAGUGAACACCAUUUUUCUAUUACUUCUCUUCAUUCAAAUGAUACAAGGAUAUUAGUUCCAAAUAAUUAACUUAAUUUGAAAUGCUAAAAA